GUUUUGCAUCUUCCAGAAGACACCGCUGUUUUGUAAGCAGCCAGAAGGCAACUUACGGUGUCAUGCCUGAAUUCCCUACCUUCGCAGGUUGUUUGUUAGAGCCAAGUUCGACAAUAUUGGCCUGGUCCCAUCAGCUCGUUCCAGCGCUGAUGUCAUGGACAUUUCUUGAGGCAUCCACCUUCAGCUCCCUAGACUCAUCUCCAAUGCAGCCUUGACUGCAAACGUAUCUUCAAACCCGUUAUCGGUUUUUAUCAAGAGGCGGGGUUAUUUUUUCUACAAGAACUAAGAGCCCAAGAAGCCCGAGCCUUUUAGCGGAUGGCGCCGAGCCAACUUCAGAAAACAGAUCAGUGUGCAACUCAAAUCAUCCUGAUGGAAGUUUGGGGUCGUGAAGCCGAAUACCGAAACACCAAUGUAUUCAGCCUCGCAGAGAAGAAAGCAGACGUCUCAACUGUAACAUAAAGUCCAACGUAAGUUGCUGCAUUUCGGAUCUAAAAGCAGUGAGUUUGAGUCCGGAAUAGUAGGAUGAUGUAAGCAUUAAAAGGUAUUUGACGCUGCCUCCGAUGACAUGAACCGUAAUCAAGUACCUGAAUAGAAUACCUCAUCAUGCAACCUUUCUCUCCCCAUCCAAGUAUUUCAGAGCUCUACAGCAUCUCUUAGCGGCUACCGAGCCCUCCCAAGGACUAAUAAUUCGUCUGCUUUUGGCUUAUCUGAUUUUGGGAACCAAUACUCGAAUUUCAAGUUGAAAAGAAAACACAAGUUGCAAAGUACUCCAACCUCCCCGACUUUCGUCUUGCGCACUGUACGAACUUCAACACCCCUAGAGCCCGCAUCAGGUCACCCACGCCCACCUCACCUUGACCUUGCCCCAAAAAAGACGUCUAAUUAUCAUCUCCAUCGCUUCUUCUGCUCGUGCCAUCUCAAUCUUUCCCCUCUCCCUUUUCUCAACAAUAAUCAUCAUAUUUUCUGUCGGCGCUCUUGAUCACCGUCUCUUAUCGCGACUUCAUCCUACCAUCGACCCGAGCAACGAUCCUGGGGCCACGGACGCCCAAUCCGACAACGUUAUACGAUUCACCUCACGCAAUAUACCCGCUUCGCCCCUCUCUUCCUCCGCCGCAACAAUUCGGCCCUGUUUUUAAGCCGCGGCAGCUCCUCGCCGCCAGCCAUGACGGGCACUGAGACCUCCAAUGCGGGAGGAGGUUUUGAUCUGCUACGAAGAGCAACUCAAGCAAUGAUGUCUAGGUUCGUCAAUAAUGUUUUCCUCUGUCGUUCUUUGAAGCUAUUGUUUUGCCUUGUUUUACUCCUGCGUGUUAUUGCUAUAACCAUAUGGUGCCCUUUUCAUCAUAUUUUUGGCGGGGGACUCGAGAUCGAUGUCCCGUCCUCUAGCGACGUGGUGCUGCCAUGCCCCUCACCAGGCGUAGUCAGUCGGUGGUGGCGAUGAUGACGGACUUGCAGCACUUGAGCUCAAUAGCUUCAGUGACGCCUCUUCCAGCCAUAGCUGCCAUUGGAUCCCUUGCUCUACGACACCGCUUGCCGAUGGGAACCCAUAUCACGUCACAUGGAAAUGGAACCGCUGCUGGCACUUACAGCUGUUCACGCAGGCCUGCAUCCCACUAUUGGGCCUUGUUGGGCUCUAUCUAGUGGACAGCUGCCCUGUAACCGCACUGCAGGACGACGUCUCGCUUUUGCGUUGGCUGCCAGAGCAUGGGUUCCCCAUAACAGCCGUCGAGCCUUGCCCUGAUAUUGUUGGCAAAGCCUGGCAAACAUGGGAAACACGACAUUAUAACAGAAGCUCGCAAACACCAAUCAGGGUGCCGCCGUUCCUUGGACUUCAGUUCGCCAUCGCAGUGGAGCCGAGCAUUCGCCGCUGCCGUCUCAAAAACACUUUGCAGCCUGUUCCCAAACGAACAAAAAAGACAUGAGCAAUCAAUGGCUACCGUGGCAUUCGCAUUUCCCUGCAACAGGCAGGUUGUCUUAUAGCCGCCUUUUUUUUUUCUUCCAUACAAGGACCAUGUUGCAACUUUGCAAGCUCAGGUCUGACUCGCUCCAACUGUGAUUGGGCCCAAUCCAAAGGCUGCCCAGCCUCGGAGUCAGUCCCUGCGUUCGGCCCCGCUAUCAGCUUCAGUUUUCGACGUUUUGCUCCUGGUCCAAACAAUUUUGGGCAAAAGUCCUUAGGGAAAAAGGAAGCUUUUUGGACAAGCCUGACCCCGGCCGCAAAGCGAGAUUUUACUCGCGGCAAAGAAUUGAUCUCGUCAUCGUCCUUUCUUACAGCACAUUCAAGUAUCGAGCCUCCACUUGGUCCCUUCACAGUCCGUCUUACACGGCCGCUCUCGGCAAUCCCAUCCUAAUCUCUACUGCUCGCUCGCUGGUCCUGGCGCUUCUUUCGCAUCCACACCGGCGCGAACACACCACUGGCUACCAAGAGUUCAAAGGCCUUCCCAUUCCGUGUUUUUCUCGUCAUAGUCGCAUCGUCAGAGUCCACCUCUUCUGUUGUUGCCCAUCUCAUCUCCUCUGGUGGUCCCUCUCGGCCUUCGCCCUGUUUACCCUCUAGUUGACGCGCUUGGCAACCGUCAUGAACUAGUGUUCCCACUUUGUUUUUUUCCCCCGCGCCGGUGCUUCGGCGUAGAAGCAUUUAUUCACUCACUGGAAAUCUUUUACAAAAAUGCAUGGGGUUAUUAACAAAAACGUCAGGUCUGCGGCAGACGAGGAUGGCGCCGAUCACAUUGGUCUCGAAACUCCUCGAUCCGGUGUAGCUACACCUCAACCCGAUCUACAGGACAAACGCUUACCAGGAAUCAUGAGCUACUUCGGCCAGGUUCGUAAAUACCCUUCCACGCCUUCGUCAGCUCCCAGUUCGUCACAGAGUGAUACCACUCUAGACCGAAUUUCAGUUGUGCCCACUCCACCAGCCGGCCUGCAGUUGCAGGCACACACCCAAGGCUCUCCUCGCGGCUGUGAGUCCUCGGCUUUGGAUCGUUCGCUUCUUCAACAUGAGCGUCCUAGUUCUAUGCCAAGUACUACUGAGCGGGAUGAGCAUAACCUUUCAGAUCCCUACCCAACCCCACCCACUUCUCAGCCCUCGUCUUCGGGGGGUUCUAUCUCCCAGGACAUGAUUUCUGCAGACUCAGGGGCGCAUGGCAGGGCUACGGUCGAGCAAAAGUCUUUUACACAACAGUCACAAUUCAAGAAACCCACAGCCUCACCAUUCACCACCACCCACUUCCAAACUUCCAAUGACCCAUCACUACCUGAACUUGACUCCUCCAAAAACGCAGCACCUACCAAAGACUCCAUUAUUUCUUCGCAUCCUGAGCCCAGUACAAGUUCAGGCGCCUGCUCAGCUGCUGCCCCCGGCAAGUGGCAUUUUCUUAAUGGACUCAAGGAGCUAACUCGUAUGACGUUCAAGAGCGGCAACUCGACUCCUACUCGAGCAAUGUCGGCUGCUCGACCAUCUGGCUCCGAUAGAGCCCCAUCCUCCGGAAGGACCAGUCAUGACGGUGCUGAAGUCAGCGGUGCCCAGACUCCAAGGAGUUCUGCUGGUGCCCAGGCGCCUGCCGCCAAGGGAAAGCUAACAAUCAAGAUCAAUGAGGCUCGCGGGCUUAGGAAGAGUCGGGACCCUUAUGUUGUUGUGGUUUUCCAGCGUAGUGAGCUCAUUUCCGGGGGUCCCCACCAUAUCGAUGAGGACGAUAACCUCAGUGUUGAGCCACCUCCAGUCGCUGGUGGUAUCCCUAUCCAGCGAUCAGGCAGUGACUCUGGACGUCCUUUGGCUAUUCCAAUGAGGAGCAGGCAAAGCAGCAACACCAGCAUUAAUGACUAUGGCUCGUUCCGUAACCGAUCCGGAGGUCAGCUUACAUUCACCAACCCAAAAUGGGAUGCCGAAGCCGAGUUCGACGUUGUGGACUAUGAUAUGCUGGUUGAUGUCUCGGUCUAUGAUCAUGGAGCAACGGGCGAUGAAUUUCUAGGUCAUGUUGAUUUUCAGGCCAGCAAGGAUCCUGGUGCCACCGUCCAGGGUUGGUUCCAGCUGCAGGGCCAUGCUGAUACUAUGGCAGAAAAUGCGCCAACCGGUGAGAUCUUCCUCGAGGCCAUCUACCACAGAGCAGAGAGGAAGCAAUUUGGCCCCACUGAUUUCGAGAUUCUGAAACUCAUCGGCAAGGGUACUUUCGGUCAGGUGUAUCAAGUGCGAAAGAAGGAUACUCAGCGCAUUUACGCCAUGAAGGUUCUGCAGAAGAAGGUUAUUGUGCAAAAGAAGGAAGUUGCCCAUACCGUGGGAGAACGAAAUAUCCUGGUUCGAACCGCCAUGUCCGACUCCCCUUUUAUCGUUGGUCUCAAGUUCUCUUUUCAGACACCAUCAGAACUUUAUCUCGUUACUGAUUACAUGUCUGGAGGUGAGCUGUUUUGGCAUCUACAGAAAGAGGGUCGGUUUGACGAGAAGCGAGCCAAGUUCUACAUCGCCGAACUGAUCUUGGCCAUUCAGCACCUUCAUCAUAACGACAUUGUAUACCGGGAUCUGAAGCCUGAGAAUAUCCUCUUGGAUGCUAACGGACACAUCGCCCUUUGUGACUUUGGUCUUUCCAAGGCCAAUCUCACAAAGAAUGACACUACCAAUACUUUCUGUGGAACAACCGAAUACCUUGCGCCUGAGGUUUUGCUAGACGAAUCUGGCUACACCAAGAUGGUGGACUUCUGGUCGCUUGGAGUUUUGGUCUUUGAGAUGUGCUGCGGCUGGAGCCCAUUCUAUGCCGAAGAUACGCAGCAAAUGUAUAAGAAUAUUGCUUUCGGCAAGGUGAGGUUUCCUCGAGAUACCCUGUCUCAGGAAGGACGGAAUUUCGUCAAGGGACUCCUCAAUAGAAACCCCAAGCACAGACUAGGUGCGACCGACGACGCCGAGGAGCUGAAGAGACACCCCUUCUUCGCCGAUGUCGAUUGGACUCUUCUCUCCAAGAAGCUUAUCACUCCACCUUUCAAACCCAAAUUGAAGUCUGAGACGGACGUCUCAUACUUCGAUCCGGAAUUCACGACCGCGCUGGAUCAGAAUGGCUCUCUGAACGAACGUGCUGCUGCGUUGGCCCGAGGCUAUGCCGCUUCAACCCCUCUUUCUCCUUCCGUUCAGGCCAACUUUCAAGGCUUCACGUUUGUUGACGAAAGCGCAUUAGAUGAUCAUAUGCGAGACAGAGCAGGACUCGUUGAUGAAGAUAUGGAUGAUGGACAACAUCACAGGAACCGCGAUAAUGACGAUUGGGACAAUAUCGACGACAUUGACCUCAGGAAGGCAAACCGGAUGAGCGGGAUCGUGAAGACUGGACAUGAUGAGCACAUGGUGGGUGGUUCUCACUUUGACGUAUAAUGCGGCAACUCCUUUUUCCUGCACAGUAUUAUUCCAGUCAAGCUCCACGGCGUUUCAACCAUGCUGGAGAUUGAUCUAUCUCUACGUGUCAUACAGAAAGCAAAAAGUAAUAUUUCGCAAAACUUAAAAACCUCACCUCUUCUUCCCCAGUUUUGCAUGUGGGUUACGGAUGUCUAAUUUGUGGAAUUAUAUGCAUCGAGGUCGGCUGGUGUUGCAUUGCAUUGAUCGUCGAGCUGUACGGGACUGAUGGCGUUUUAUGGUUGUGGAAAAUGAGAAGAGAAGAGAACGAGACACAAAAAUAGGAGGAUCAAGUCUAUGUUGGUGGAUCCCUCCAUUGAGGGCCAUUUUUCCUUAGUUUGAUUCCCAGCAGUGACAGGAGGGCCAUAUGAGUAAUGAAAUGAGAAUGCCACAGCUAUUCUUGAAAGGACCCGGAAGGGAAAUCGGUCUCUCGUUUUAUUCUAGACUUGUCCUUGUUGGAUAUAGUAAGUAGCCUAUGGAGAGUUCGAGCCAAGCCUACCAGCCUUCUCGGACUUGUGGUUGUCGAUGACGUUGAUUGCCACCUGACGUCGAUAACCAAGAGCUAGUGCAGCAUAGCUUGAGGGAUGAACGAAGUUUGGUAUUAGAUUACAUGAGAGUAUUCGAGGGAGGUUGAAGUCAUGGAUACAUCAUUGAUGUCAGAAGGCAUACAAGGCUGAUCCGUAUAUGCCCUACAACGUCAGGUCGGGAGCUUGAGAGGUAGACCCACGGUUAAUCGUAUAUCAUCAGGAGAUAAGACAUAGGGUUUCGAGGUUUAGCAUGCAACGUAAUGUAUAAAGUCACCUGCAAAUGAUCGUUGUAGCAAUUUGCUUGUGCUUCAUUUGGUGUUCGCAUUUCGCAAUUAGUUCCUACGGGCAACCGAAAAAAAGGUUGAUUUUUUAGGAAAAUGUACACAGGAUUCUUAUCCCCAAUCCACUUGCUUCUGCUUCUUCUUUCUCCUUUAUCACUCCGGCUCAUCUUCUCGGGGGUGAGUUGGUGUCAGCCUCCCUUCUUUUGCUACCCUCAUGAAACGGCGGCGCUGGGUGGUGAGAAAUGAUACCCGAAAAUGCGCUGCGGUCGGGAUAGUCUAUGUGCUCCCAAAGGUUGAGAAAACGCUUUAGUGGUGAGGCUCAUCCUCCUCCUCGGCCUCAAGCCAGUCGGCAACCUCGGGGGUACCAGACUGGGCAGAGCUGUCCUGACCCUCAAUCUCAACGGCCAUGCUCUCGUACUCCUUCAGGUUGCUGGCGAGGUCGGUCUCCUCUGGAGAGGCAGGUGUCUUGGGGAGGUUGAAUGUCUGGACGUUGCCCUCAGCAUCGGACUCCUUGACGGCGGGGAUCUUGUAGGCCUUGAGCUCCUUGAGAUAAAGCUCCUGGACAAAGUCGGCUAUAAAGGUAUGAUGUCAGCAAGUGAACGUUGGUUCGGUUAGAUCAUAUUCGGGCUGAUCGGGUAACGGCCUGUCAAAUUUGAUGAGAGAUGCGAGACCAUAUAGCAAACCAUGAUUCGAACUCUGAUUGAUAUCAUUUAUUUGAUGCUGGUUGUUUGGCGACGUCGGAGCUUAGGUGGAGUACAGGUUCGGGUAUAGGACAGGUCCGACCGGGAGAAAUAGACAAUCGAGAUGAUGUAUUCGCGACACCCAAAGGAAUUGACCGAGGAGUAUAGAGCAGCGUAGAUAGAGUCUUACCUUUCCGGGAGACAGUGGGAGCAAUGAAGCCCCUCACCUGAACGGCAUUGGGUCUGGCGACACGAGAAACAGCCGCAACGGCGGAGCGAGCGCGCUAUAAAACCAUGAGUAUUUUUUCAUCGCCUAGGCCUGACUUUUGUUCUUACCGAAGCCCUGGAGAGUUGAAUGAGCAUUUUGAAUGGCUGGUGGUGGCUCAAUUGAGGGGGUAACUCCGGGGGAGAUGGGCGAGGGCGAGAUCGAGGGCGAAGUCGAUUGAGGGUUUUGGGGGAAAAAUCGUGAGAGGUUGCACUGGACCAUGCGUCUUCCCCCGGUUAGAGCGGUUCGGCCUUGCUAUCGUGGAGUUGAUGCCUGAGGUUUGAGAAGGCUGUCGGAGCUUCACGGAUCAUUGGCACGUGAUCUUUGAGAGGUGUGAUUGGCCAGGAUCGAUCUAUAUAUGUUGCAGUGGACCCUCUCUGCUCGGGCUAUUCACUUACACGGAGAUCAGUCAGUAUGCAUCUUAAUGCUCAAUUUGUUCGAGAGAGUAUAUCCAACUACUGUAGACUGGUAGAGUCUUGCUUACUACCACACUCCUUUCAGCUCUUUCUAGUUGUCGCAAUUUGCCAUAUUCGAAUAUCAAUGGAGCAACAGCUUCCAAAGUUCAUGCUAACCAUAUUGCGCAACACAAUGGUCACCAAAAUUGUUUGAUCUAAUCCUUUCAUCAAGUUUAUUGAUAUGUUACAUGCUAAGUUAAAAGGAUUUCCAAAGAAACAAAGAAGAAUAAGAAAAGAAGAAGAAUAAGCCAAGGAUUGAGAUCGCAGUUAAAACAUCUUGCCGUUUAUCAGAUCCAGUCCCGAUGGGCCGAAAAUCUAUGGUAUCACAAUUCACGAGUUCCGAUAUCCAAAAACACCUUCUAAGCAUUACAGCUCCGCCAUAUUACUCCUCUUUUAGGUUAACGAGAUACUUUAUCGUGCCUCCUCCUGAGACAUCUGUGGAGAGAUUUGCUUGGCACGAGAAGCGUUCCUUCGCCUCUCACCAAUAAAGGCAGCAGCCAAGUAGAGGAUGGCAGCGAUACCGGCAAUGACGGAGUAUGCGAUGAUGUACUCAUUGGAGGAGUUGGCAAGCUGAAGACCAAGGCCCCCGUUGACAAUACCGAUGAUGAUGAGGGCUCGGCCGAACCAGAUGUGAACAUGGCUGACAACUCCUCGCUUGCGGUGGCUCACAAAGUACCGAUGGUGCAUGUAACCAAGGACAGGCUGCAGAGUCAUCAAGGCACAAACAGCAGUGCCCAUUGUUGUGUGGGCUUGUUUUCCCCACUAAAAGUCUCACAUUAGUACUGAUGGACAGGUUCCGAUGCGAGCGCAUCCCCCAGGGGAGAACUUACGUAGCCACCGUCACGAGCAUAUACGUAUCCAAGGCCGAAUCCAGCCCACAUGAGGAGCAACAUGACAACUUGCCAGCCCGCAUGGAUGAGCCACUUUCCAAGCAUGGGCAUAAGGAUUGCACCGAGAGGAUAUCCAGCAAUGAAGACAAUCGACAUGAUGAUACCGUGAGCACGCAGAACAGUCUUGCUGGGGCUACUACCACUUCCGUUCUGUGUCACGGCACCGCCGGAGCUAGAACCAGAAUUCGAGUUGGUGUUUUCGUUGCUGCCAGUGAAUGGGUUGCUGUCGGAGCUCAUUGUGGCUUUGGCAAAGUCAACGCUGAAAUCCACAUGCUUGUCGUGCUCAGAGAUGCGCUCCUCCAUGCUUGUCGAAUCCAGGGAAUUUCCAUUCCUCCAAGCUGCAAUCCACGAGCUCGUUCCCUUGAGACUAAGAUCAACACAGUUGUUGCAACGAAUGUUGGCGAUCAUCUGCUUGUCCUUGAUUCCGGAACCGUCGAGGAGCUCGAGUCCGCUUCGCUUCGUGUACUGAGGCAUGACCUCUCCGACACCUCUCCUUGGGCUCAGGGUGACAUUGCCGUUGCCGUCUUGGUAAAUGAUGAACAUAUCGGAUCCAGCCAUUUGGGAUCCAGUGCCCAGUCCUGCCCAUUGUGCGGAUGUUGGUGCCUUGAUCUGGAAAUAAAAGCUGCCAGAUCCCGCGCUUGCAGAAGCCUCAGGGACACCCCAUCGGAAACAGACGUCGCCAUUGUCCGGGCAGAAAGAAGAUGUGAUGGCAAUUGCACUGCCAGCGGCAGCUGAAGGAGAGUUGUUAGCUGGGCGGGAGUGGUGUGCUGAGCUGACGGGAACGACUUACAAAGCACCGCUAAUGAUGUGCUGAAAGUUGACUUCAUGGUAUUCUUGGGAACGAAACAGAGGCAGAGACAGAUGAAGUGAAGAGACGGGAAAUGAUUUUUACUGCGAGUGAGGUGAUUGGAAUCUUACAUGAGGGGGACAAUGAAAGUACUAAAUAUAAUAAGCACAAACAAAGCACAACUGGAGAUAGACCAGGGGGCCAUUCCUAUAUUGAGACGAUCGUCCACUGGCCUGCAGACGCUACGCGCCGCAAAGCCACGGCAGUGUUGUGCGAUACAACGCCUGGUGCCGGUGGUAAGGGACGAUUUACGAAGUCGAAUACUACCAAAGGGACCCGGCAGAUGACAUUACAAGUGCCGCGAUUAGUUAGUCUGGCUCAAAGGGACGGAUCCUUUGAGCCCAAGGCUUGGACCCAAGGGAAGGGAUCGAUGUUGUCGUCAGCUCUUUUGUCGGAUCCGCCCUGGUUAAUCCUUGUCAAGAAUGAGAUGAAAGCGAUUAAGGUUUCACUCACACUGCCACAGACAGCCAGCUAUUCAUGGCUUUCCACGCCAGUAGAUAGGCUUAAUGCCAUCGCGGGUUUCAGUGCCGAACUGGUGGCAGUUUGCCCGCUUAAGCGCUUGAGGACACAGUCACGACGCCGGAACGAUUGGUCAACGGCGCAUUUCUUUCAGUCAAGGCAUCAUGAUGCUGAAACUGUCGCCGUUGGAAAGGUGUGAUCGUGUGCCUUUCUAUCCGUUAUCCGAACAAGAGGGAGAGGCCCUCUCUGUUUCAGUAAACUCUCGGUGUUAGAAUACGCGCUCAAUUGCUGAUGAAUGCUCAGCCUGCCUGCCAGUGCAUACGACAAGGACUCAAUCACUGAGAAGGGCUGUGAUCAUUGAUGACAAGCUUGCAAGGACUGAAAGAAAUGGCGGCCGACCCCUACAGGGAUAUCUCCGCAGGUGAGAUCUGGGCUGUCGGGAAGACUCUCUUUUUUGACUAGGCGCCCUAAUCUGGUAAAAGAUCUGACUAUGCUUCUCUCUCGGGUAGAUUGAUCAAUCCGACGACAGACGGCCAUCCCACGUGGGGCACCGAGGUUUCAACGUGUGAAUAGCCUCAGAGGUCCACGUCAGA